CUCAUGGCUGACUGAGUGUUGGAAUGAAGCUAUGUUAUUUUCUUACAAAGAAGCAGCCCAGCAAGUUGUGGCCUGCCAUUCUCUCUAGAUGCCCUCACUGUCCCUGCCCUGCCCACGGCUGAGGGGAAGCCUGGGGAAGUAAACCAGGCCUCUAAGCAGGGGCCUCCUCUGCUUCUGUAUUCCUUUACUCCCAAACCAAGGGGUCUGCAAAGCCCAGCAGACUUCAGCUCUGUGUGGCUAUAGGGUAGAUGAUGUUUAUAGGAAGACACUAGGCAAGAAGAACUCAGGCUAAAGAAAUGUGACAUUGUCUAGCUGAGUCAUAGAUUUAGAAGGAAGUCUGUCCUUGAGGCAUUAAUGUGCUGGGUGAUCAUUAAGAAGUGAUUCUUUCUGCUGGGCAUGGUGGCUCACACCUGUAAUCUCAGCACUUUGGGAGGCUGAGGCGGGGCAUCACCUGAGGUCAGGAGUUCGAGACCAGCCUGGCCAACAUGGUUAAACACCAUCUCUAAUAAAAAAAAAAAAUACAAAAAAUAAGCCCUCGUGGUGGUGUGUGCCUGUAAUCCCAGCUACUCAGGAGGCUGAGGCAGGAGAAUUGCUUGAACCCAGGAGGAGGAGGUUGCAGUGAGCCAAGAUCAUCAAGAUCAUGCCAUUGUACUCCAGCCUGGGCAACGAGAGUGAAAGUCUGUCUCAAAAAAAAAAAAAAAAAAAAAAAAAAAAAAGAAGAGGAAGAAGAAGAAGAAGUGAUUGUUUCAUCUAGCAGGUGUUAUUGCUAAGUGCCUCUGGAUCGUUUGCUCAUUUGUUCAUUCAUUUAACAAUAUUUAUUGAGCACUACCAUGCAGCUGUUCUAUGCUGGUGACAUGUUAUCUCUCCUCAUGGAGCUAGUCUUCCAGUUUUACCUACUUAGCAAGAAAGGGACUUUCUCUAGGCCAAGCCUUACUUUAGUUUUUAAACAUCGGACAAACAUUAACUACAGGGCAAUAAGAUACUUCAAAUCUGACCAGCCAAGUUCCUUUACUCACCCUUCUUGCUUUACCUAGAGCUCUGUCAUUUAGCAUCUGAAUAUUCUCUGGUUUCAGCCCUUUGAUUAUGAGAUUUCUUUGCUUGCUUUUGUCUUAUAUGUCAGAGCAGAUCUGUCUCUCUGUCCUCGCUAUCCUUUCUGACAAGUGGACAGAGAAGGUUUUGCACACAAGUGGAUGGCAGUUUCAAAGAGCAGGAGGUGGGAGGCAGAGGUGAGUGGAUCACCUGAGGUCGGUGGUGGGCACCUGUAAUCCCAGCUGCCCAGGAGGCUGAGGCAGGAGAAUCACUUGAACCCAGGGGACAGAGGUUGUAGCGAGCUGAGAUGGCGCCAUUGCACUCUAGCCUGGGCAACAAGAGCGAAAUUCCGUCUCAAAAAAAAAAAAACAAAAAAACAAAAAACAGAAAAACAGAAAGUCCUCUGACACCUUCAGGGAGAAAGGGUUGGCUGCAGUGAGGUCCGGUCUUGACGCCUCUUUGGUGUGGGUACAGCUGUCAAGUCCCUCUGCUUUUGAGGAUAAUAAUACCAUUAAGCAGCAAGCUGGCACAACUUUUGAACAGAGAUUUCUCACAGGAACUUUGCAAGCAUUUCACAUUCCAUUUGCUUCAGUAAUGUGAAACUUAUUUUUCUAAAAAAAGGUACAGGCAGAUCUUGGCGUGACUCACUAGAGAACAAUAGUUAAGUCAUAAUUUAUUUUCAUCUUUUCCCCAGGAAAGGGAAAAAUUGAUUAAAUGUAUGGGGAAUGUAACAAGGCGUGAAUCUGUAGAGGGGAAAUGAAUCAAAGAAUCACACAAACAUGUAUACGUGUAAAACGGCGAGCUUGACAUGAUUUCCACAAGGGUGAUGGACAUUAAGCUUCGGGAGGCUGCAGAAGGCCUUGGGGAGGACAGCACAGGAAAGAAAAAAUCUAAAUUCAAAACUUUUAAGAAGUUUUUUGGGAAGAAGAAGAGAAAAGAAUCGCCGUCGUCCACAGGAAGUAGCACCUGGAAACAAAGUCAGACGAGGAAUGAGGUCAUUGCCAUCGAAUCCGGGCCAGUGGGCUACGACUCCGAGGAUGAGCUGGAGGAGUCGAGGGGCACGCUGGGCAGCCGGGCCCUUUCUCACGACAGUAUUUUCAUUCCUGAGUCCGGACAGGACGCUACUCGGCCUGUGCGGGUGUUUUCCCAAGAAAAUGUGUGUGAUCGGAUUAAAGCUCUGCAGUUAAAAAUACAGUGUAAUGUGAAAAUGGGGCCACCGCCUCCUCCAGGGGGGCUUCCUGCCAAGCGAGGAGAGGAUGCCGGCAUGAGUUCUGAGGACGACGGGCUGCCCAGGAGCCCCCCAGAGAUGUCUCUGCUGCACGACGUGGGUCCCGGCACCACCAUAAAGGUCUCUGUCGUGUCUCCAGACCACGUGAGCGACAGCACUGUCUCUGCCCGGAUCUCAAACAACAGCCUGGCACCAGUGGCCGACUUCAGUUACCCUCCAGAAUCCUCCUCCUGCCUGGACAACUCUGCAGCUAAGCACAAGCUCCAGGUCAAGCCCCGCAACCAGCGGUCGAGUAAGAUGAGGCGGCUCUCAUCGCGCGCUCAGUCUGAAUCCCUGAGCGACCUGACGUGCACCCCAGAGGAGGAGGAAAACGAGGAGAAGCCACUUUUGGAAGUCAGCCCAGAAGAGAGCCCCAGCUCUGGGCAGCAGGACGUGGCGCCAGACAGAGGCCCUGAGCCUGGGCCACCGGCGUCCUUGCCGCCACCCGGAGGGGCCCGUGCCAGACGCGCCCGCCUGCAGCACUGCUCGGCGCUCACGGCCAGCGUGGAGGAGGAGGGCGUCCCCGGGGAGGACCCCUCAAGCCGCCCGGCCACCCCAGAGCUCGCCGAGCCCGAGUCGGCCCCCACCCUCCGCGUGGAGCCCCCGUCCCCGCCGGAGGGCCCCCUGCAUCCCGGUCCCGACGGCGGAAAGCAGGAUGGGGAGGCGCCCCCCGCAGGCCCGUGUGCCCCGGCCACGGACAAGGCAGAGGAGGUGGUCUGUGCUCCCGAAGACGUCGCGAGCCCGUUUCCCACCGCCAUCCCUGAGGGGGACACGACGCCCCCCGAGACUGACCCCGCCGCCACCUCAGAGGCGUCCUCUGCUCCCGACGGGCCAGAACACAGUGUCCUGAAGGAAGCGGAGCCGACGCCGCCUGUGCUCCCGGAUGAGGAGAAGGGGCCCCCAGGGCCAGCGCCCGAGCCCGAGAGAGGAGCGGAGACCGAGCCCGAGAGAGGAGCGGAGACCGAGCCCGAGAGAAUUGGGACCGAGCCCUCCGCGGCGCCCGCCCCGAGCCCGCCGGCGCCUAAGAGCUGCCUGAAGCACCGGACCGCGGCCGCCAGCGAGGGCCCCGCCGCGUCCUCGCCACUUGCCGCCGUGGAGUCUCCCCCAGUGGAGGCUGGCCCCGGUUCCCUCGACGCAGAGGCCGCCACCCCGGAGCGCCCCAAGGCCGAGCGGGCCGAGGCGCCACCGGCGGGCGCCGAGAGGGCGGCGCCAGAGCGGAAGGCGGAGAGGGGCGGUGCCGAGCUGCGAGGCGCAAAGAAGUUCUCGGUGUCCUCGUGCCGAGCGCGGCCUCGUCCGGGCGUCUCCCGCCCGUUGGAACGGGCCAGCGGCCGCGUGCCCCUCGCGAGAAGCAGCCCGGUCUGGAGGAGCGAGGCGGCUCUUGACGACCUCCAGGGUCUCCCCGAGCCCCAGCACGCGAAACCUGGCCCUCGGAAGCCGGCGGAGUGCGGCCGUCAGGACUUGGGGGACAGGGCGGCCAGCCCGGCCGGGCCACGCAAGAGCCCCCAGGAGGCGGCCGCCGCGCCCGGCACGAGAGAGCCCUGCCCGGCUGCCCAGGAGCCGGCCCCGAGUGAGGACAGAAACCCCUUCCCCGUCAAGCUCCGGUCCACCUCCCUCUCUCUCAAAUACAGGGAUGGCGCCUCUCAGGAGGCGAAGGGUGUGAAGAGGUACAGUGCCGAGGUCCGGUUAGAAAGGUCGCUGACCGUGCUCCCGAAGGAGGAGAAGUGUCCCCUCGGGAUGGCCCCCGCCCUUCGAGGCGCCAGGGCCCCCAGCGACCAAGGAAAGGGGAAGGCCCGGCCCCCCGAGCCGCUCAGCUCCAAGCCGCCCCUGCCCCGGAAGCCGCUUCUGCAGAGCUUCACGCUCCCGCACCAGCCCACGCCCCCCGACGCUGGCCUGGGAGAGCGGGACCCCAGGAAGGAGCCCAGGACGGCGGAGAAAAGGCCGCUGCGCAAGGGAGCUGAAAAGAGUCUGCCACCUGCAGCAACAGGGCCUGGGGCUGAUGGGCAGCCUGUGCCACCCUGGAUCACCGUCACUCGGCAGAAGCGGAAAGGGACCUUGGACCAGCCACCCAACCAGGAAGACAAGCCUGGGGCACGGACCCUGAAGUCUGAACCAGGAAAGCAAGCCAAGGUGCCCGAGAGAGCCCAGGAGCCUGUGAAGCAAGCUGACUUUGUCCGCAGCAAGUCUUUCCUGAUAACCCCUGUGAAGCCCACUGUGGACCGGAAGCAGGGGGCAAAGCUCAACCUCAAGGAGGGGCUGCAAAGAGGAAUCUCAUUGUCCCAUCAGAACUUGGCAGCUCAGUCUGCAGUAAUAAUGGAGAAGGAAUUGCAUCAGCUGAAGAGAGCCAGUUAUGCCAGUACAGAUCAGCCAUCCUGGAUGGAACUUGCCAGAAAGAAAUCUCAAGCUUGGAGUGACAUGCCCCAGAUUAUAAAAUAGGUGGGCAGUGUGCUGAUAAAGCAUGUCCACUACCCUGACAAGCCACUUAGUUAAAAACUGCCAGUAUAUUGUGGCAAAAAAACUGUGAAACUUAAAGAUUGAUUUUAUCAUCAAGUUAUGACGAACUUGGGGAAGAGGAAGGAACCAGGCAAAACAAACAGGAUAAACCCAGCCAUACUCCUGGGCCAGAGGGCCCAGAAACAAGAACAACAUUGAAAAAGUCCAGGAACCAGUUCCUGUGCCCAAAGGUACGAAUGUGUCUUUUAGAAUUCCCUUGACAAAGAAGCCUCAGACAAGGAAGAAAAUAGAAAUGAUAUUGGACACAUAAAUAGGACACCCAGCAAAGGCCAGAAGAGAAGCCCUUCUAGGAGAAGGGACAUCUGUGCUUCCAGCUGAGAUCAGCCCAUGUCUCUGGUCGCUGUCUUGCCUGUGGAUCCUGUCUUCUUUCAUGUUUACUAUGAGGCAUGACAUUCAUGGCAAAACAGGGAUGCCGUUUCCAAGAGCAGCUAUAAAACAAUCUGUUUUCAUAAAGACAGCCACUCUGAGAAGGAGAUGAAGGAACAUGGCACGUUCAUCAAUUCAUAGACUGUUUCCAAAAAUAAUUUUUAAACUUUUCCACUAGGCAUCUGUGUCUUUAACCACUGCACAAUGCAUUGCCUGUUUAAUAAAAUGUUUCAAACAUG